UGUGUUGGAAGUGUGUCAGCUGUUGUGAUAUUACUGCAAUAUUUAACUUUUCUAGUUGACUUUUAUGUUACAAAAUAUAAAGUCAACAUGCCUGCAGUGUGUUCAGCGUUCAACUGCACAAAUGGCAGCGAUAAAACAACAAAUAUUUCAUAUAAUAAGUAUAUUAGUACCGAAAUACGACACACGUUUUUUAAUGUUUAUUAAAGAGUCAUUUGCAUUGGAACUGUAAUUAUGCUUAAGACAAAUGCAGGAAAGUAAUUUAUUUAUCGUUGAUUACAGAUUUCCUUUAAAAGAUAAGGAAAUUACAAAAAGAUGGGUUAUAAAUAUGAAGCGAGAAAACUGGUUUCCUACUGCAGCCAGUUACUUCUGUUCAGCUCAUUUUGAAGAGAAAUAUAUGUACCACACAAAUGUCCAGAGGCGCCUUUUGUCAAAAGCAGUACCUACUAUCUUUAACUUUCCACUACAUUUACAAAAGCAAGAUAAAGUAUUACGACCACAACCCAGAAAGCGAUCUUUCGACAAUUUGCAAGAUAGUGCUGUUACAGUGACAUCAUUAGCACAAAUGCCUGUCGGACCCACAUUUGUUUCUGCUGACCACAAUUACUGUCUCCCAAGCCCUAAGAAGUUGAAAACACAAUAUAACAGAGUACAAGCAGAGAACGUGCGACUAAAGAAGCGGAUAAAGCAAAUGAAGCAACUUAGUGUACGACACAAAAGAAGAAUAGUGCAGUUACAGACUUAAGUUGCUGGUUUGAGAAGAAGGCUAUGUAGUUCAGUUUCUUAUAUGUUAAACAGUGAACAUGUAGUUUGUUUGUUGAAGGAGCUAUUGGAACUUCAGUGCAGUGCUAAAGUGUGCCAUUAUUCUCAGCAAAUAAGGAAAUUUGCCAUGACCCUACACUUUUAUUCUGCCAAGGCAUACAGCUACUUACGAAAAUUUGUGAAAUUACCCCACCCAACAACGCUUCGCCGUUGGGCAAUGUAACACAUAUUU